AUGGUGUACUAUUUCGUAUCCAACGUGGUGACUCCCUCUGCGACUAUCUACGUCGGCAAAGACAAGUUUGAGAAUGAGGAGCUGAUAAAGCAUGGACUGGAGUCUGAUGUCUGUUUUGGCCAGUUCCAUGUCGACAAUUUGUCGAGUGCACACGUAUACCUACGUCUUCGAGACGGCGAGACCUGGGACAACAUUCCCAAAGAACUACUAGAAGACUGCGCGCAGCUGACAAAGGCCAACUCGAUCGAAGGAAACAAAAAAGACAACAUCACCGUCAUCUACACGCCAUGGGCCAACCUGAUGAAGAAUGCGUCCAUGGCCACUGGACAAGUGUCCUUCCACAACCCUAAAUCGGUGAAAAAGGCGUUUGUCUCAGUGCGCCAAAACCCCAUCGUCAACCGACUAAACAAGACGCGCGUCGAGAAAUUCCCCGACUUGCAGGCCGAGAAGGAAGAGAUUAUGAAGAAGGAGAGGCGCAAUGAGCGGAAAUCAAGGGAGGAAAAGAAGCUAGCGGAGAAGAAGGAGAGACAGGAGCGCGAGCAGCUGAAAUGGCAAAAGGAGCAUGCCUACGAUGACAUACAAUGGCCUGCAACUAACGAGCUUGCCCGCUCCUCUCUAGGCUCGAAAUCCAAGAAGAACAAGAAGAAGAACAACAAUAACACAAACAACAACAACGCCGCCGCCACCGCCAAACAAAGUACGGAUGACAGCGAAGAUGCGAACAAAACUGCCGUUGGCGACGAAGAGCCAGAUCAUGAAUCAAAAACUGAAGCCGAACCUGCCAAUGGAACAUCAACGAACGAUCCCGAUAGCAAUGACCUAGAGGCAAAUGACCAACAUGGGCCGGAAACAAAAGAAAAGAUAGCCUCGAAGGCCAGUGACGCGCCCGAGCAGACCGAAGCGACGACAACCUCCCCCGCUGAAACAGAAAACAAGUUCGAUGCGCUGAUGCAAGACCGUGACUCACUCCGGGUUGAAGUGACCGAACUACGCAAGUCCCUCGAAGAGCUUCAACAUAAACACCAGGAAGAAAUGGAAGCUCUCCAGCAGAGCCUGACCGAUUCCGAGAGCAAGAGAGAACAAGCCGAAACCCAAUUUCAGAAACUGAUGGAAAGGGUUAACAUGAUCAAGUCACAACUGGGAGAGAGACUUAAAGAGGAUGCAGAAGAACUCGGUCGUGCGAGGACUCGCAUAGAGGAACUGGAGGACGAAAGCUCCGCACUGAAGGGAGAACUUGACGAAAAAACGGCAAAGAUAGCGGACUUGAAGAAAGACGCAACUGAAAGUUCCAACGAGUUGGCCAAUUUGCGCGACAGAGCAACCAUUUCCCAGCAAAACUGGCUCAAAGAAAAGGAAGAGUUCAUCAACCAGGAAUCGGACAUCCGCGUCGAAUUCGAAGAGGCAAAACAGGCAAUGCACAACUGGGAAGUCCUGGCUAUGGAAGAGCGAUCGAUCCGAGAAGGGCUUGUCGGAAAAGUCAACGACCUAGAAGAACAGCUUUCCUCUCUUCGUGACGAUUAUAAUGCUGCAGUUGGCGAGAACAGUACACAGUCAGUUACAAUUGACGGAUUGCAACGAGCAUUGCAAGAAAUACAGGAUGCUCGGAAGCAGGAACUGCGCGAACUUGUUCAGAGCUCCGACGCACAGCUUGAGGAACUGAAGACCUCUGUACAACAGGCUGAGGAGAGGGCUAAUGGAGCCGACACUGAACUGAAACAAGCGCGGAUGGAAUUAGAGAGGCUUCAUCCGUUUGAGAAAGAUGUCAAGGAGAAGAAUCUAUUAAUUGGAAAGCUGCGGCACGAAGCUGUUACCUUAAACGAUCACUUGACGAAAGCACUGCGAUUUUUGAAGAAAGGCAAACCGGAAGAUAAUGUUGAUAGGCAUAUUGUCACCAAUCACUUUCUUCAUUUUCUUGCCCUGGAUCGUUCCGAUCCCAAGAAAUUCCAGAUAUUGCAGCUCAUAGCAGCUCUUUUACAGUGGAAUGACGACCAACGGGAACAAGCUGGUCUCGCUCGUCCAGGAACAUCAAGUAAUGCCAUUGGGCUUCAAGUGCCAACGUUUGGUGUUGGUCGAAGACCGAGCUCGCCCUCUUUAGCUGCCACCGAAUUCAUGGAGAAUGGCAGCUCUGGUAAAGAAUCACUGGCGGAGUUGUGGUCGAAUUUCUUAGAACAGGAAGCCCAAACUGGCGCCGCAAAAAGUAGAUCGGGGUCUAGUGCUGGUUUAAAGUCGCCUCAAUGA